AAGGCGGCGCCGGGCGUGGCGCAGGCAGUUCCGUGCGGACCCCGAGUACUUUUGCAGGAGGCUUCUCCGACUUGCUGCUACCGUCACUUCGUUUGACAAUGCAGAUCUUCGUGAAAACCCUGACUGGCAAGACCAUCACCCUAGAGGUCGAGCCCAGUGACACCAUCGAGAACGUCAAGGCCAAGAUCCAAGACAAGGAGGGCAUCCCCCCUGACCAGCAGCGGCUGAUCUUCGCCGGGAAGCAGCUGGAAGACGGGCGCACCCUGUCCGACUACAACAUCCAGAAGGAGUCCACCCUGCACCUGGUGCUGCGCCUCAGAGGGGGGAUGCAGAUCUUCGUGAAGACCCUGACUGGCAAGACCAUCACCCUAGAGGUCGAGCCCAGUGACACCAUCGAGAACGUCAAGGCCAAGAUCCAGGACAAGGAGGGCAUCCCCCCUGACCAGCAGCGGCUGAUCUUCGCCGGGAAGCAGCUGGAAGACGGGCGCACCCUGUCCGACUACAACAUCCAGAAGGAGUCCACCCUGCACCUGGUCCUGCGCCUCAGGGGGGGGAUGCAGAUCUUCGUGAAGACCCUGACUGGUAAGACCAUCACCCUGGAGGUCGAGCCCAGUGACACCAUCGAGAACGUCAAGGCCAAGAUCCAGGACAAGGAGGGCAUCCCCCCUGACCAGCAGCGGCUGAUCUUCGCCGGGAAGCAGCUGGAAGACGGGCGCACCCUGUCCGACUACAACAUCCAGAAGGAGUCCACCCUGCACCUGGUGCUGCGCCUCAGAGGGGGGAUGCAGAUCUUCGUGAAGACCCUGACUGGCAAGACCAUCACCCUGGAGGUCGAGCCCAGUGACACCAUCGAGAACGUCAAGGCCAAGAUCCAGGACAAGGAGGGCAUCCCCCCUGACCAGCAGCGGCUGAUCUUCGCCGGGAAGCAGCUGGAAGACGGGCGCACCCUGUCCGACUACAACAUCCAGAAGGAGUCCACCCUGCACCUGGUCCUGCGCCUCAGAGGGGGGAUGCAGAUCUUCGUGAAGACCCUGACUGGUAAGACCAUCACCCUGGAGGUCGAGCCCAGUGACACCAUCGAGAACGUCAAGGCCAAGAUCCAGGACAAGGAGGGCAUCCCCCCUGACCAGCAGCGGCUGAUCUUCGCCGGGAAGCAGCUGGAAGACGGGCGCACCCUGUCCGACUACAACAUCCAGAAGGAGUCCACCCUGCACCUGGUGCUGCGCCUCAGAGGGGGGAUGCAGAUCUUCGUGAAGACCCUGACUGGUAAGACCAUCACCCUGGAGGUCGAGCCCAGUGACACCAUCGAGAACGUCAAGGCCAAGAUCCAGGACAAGGAGGGCAUCCCCCCUGACCAGCAGCGGCUGAUCUUCGCCGGGAAGCAGCUGGAAGACGGGCGCACCCUGUCCGACUACAACAUCCAGAAGGAGUCCACCCUGCACCUGGUGCUGCGCCUCAGAGGGGGGAUGCAGAUCUUCGUGAAGACCCUGACUGGCAAGACCAUCACCCUAGAGGUCGAGCCCAGUGACACCAUCGAGAACGUCAAGGCCAAGAUCCAGGACAAGGAGGGCAUCCCCCCUGACCAGCAGCGGCUGAUCUUCGCCGGGAAGCAGCUGGAAGACGGGCGCACCCUGUCCGACUACAACAUCCAGAAGGAGUCCACCCUGCACCUGGUGCUGCGCCUCAGGGGUGGGAUGCAGAUCUUCGUGAAGACCCUGACUGGCAAGACCAUCACCCUGGAGGUCGAGCCCAGUGACACCAUCGAGAACGUCAAGGCCAAGAUCCAGGACAAGGAGGGCAUCCCCCCUGACCAGCAGCGGCUGAUCUUCGCCGGGAAGCAGCUGGAAGAUGGGCGCACCCUGUCCGACUACAACAUCCAGAAAGAGCCACCCUGCACCUGGUCCUGCGCUUGAGGGGAGGUUUCUAAGUUUCCCCUUUUAAGCUUUCAACAUGUUUAAUUGCACUUUCAAUAAAGUUGUUGCAUUCCAAA